UUGACUGUUGUACUUUCAUUUUCUGACAUUCCGUCUCUGGGAUGCGCUCGGCUUCGAGGAAAACGAAACUAGAACCGGUCAUAGUUGUCUUGGAGUGUCCUUUACCCACAAAUGUAGUCACUGAACUCUUUCCGGCUGAUAAUAUUAACAACUUAUUCCGGUCUAAAGCGUCUAAAAGUUUGUCCAGGCUAGCCGACAGUCCAACAGUCCGGGUUAGGUCAGCUAGCGUUAGCCGCUAGUCCCCGCUAGCAUGGACGGUGGCGGAAGCAUGAGAAGUAAUGAGGAGGGUCGCGAGAAACAGAUGGAUGAUUACCUGAAAACAAUAGGUCUGCAUCGGAAGAAGAUAGCCAAAGAUGGGUCGUGCUUUCGGGCCGUGGCUGAGCAGGUGCUGUAUUGCCAAAGUUAUCACACUGAGGUUCGAGCACAAUGUGUGGAGUUCCUGAAGAAAAACAGAGACAGCUAUGAAGCGUUUAUCGAAGGAGACUUUGAGGAUUACCUCUGCAAGCUUCAGGACCCACAGCAAUGGGUUGGAGAGGUGGAGAUCAAUGCACUGGCUGUCAUGUACAAGAGAGAUUUUCUUAUCUACCAGGAACCCAACAAACCGGCUGUCCACAUCACAGACAAUAACUUCAAGGACAAGGUGCGGUUGUGUUUUUUGAACGGGAAUCACUACGACAGUGUCUAUCCAUGCCACAUGAAGGGCGCCGCUGUCUGCCAGUCCAUCCUGUACGAGCUGCUGUACACUAAUGUGUUCAAGGUGGAUCGAAGUGUACUGGCUGGGUAUCAGCGGACUGGCCGACACUUUGAGGUGCUGAGUGAUGACAGCAUGGCCGCCUGUAUCAGCAGUGACGAGUCCGAUGUGGACUCGACUGAGACGCAGAGAUUGGACAAUGGGACAAGCACUACUACAACAAAGAGCAGGGGCCGGGGGCGUGGCCGUCAUCUGUCCGACAGGGUGAGACGGUCUCUGAACCCGACUCUGUUCAGAAACAUAGAGUUUGACGUCUGGCAGAGGUCUAAGAAAGCCCAGCAGAAGCUGGAUUUCUGCAUUGCUGCUGGGAUGCAGUACGCAGUAGGAGACCGCUGUCAGGUUCGUCUUGAGGGCAGGACUUACAAUGCAACUAUCAAGGAGGUGCCACCAAACAACAGCGCAGUGACAGUUUAUGUAGAAGAACUGGGCAGGAGACAGGUGCCUUUGGGGAGUUUACGUCCUGUGAAUGAAGACGGCAGCUGGAGCUUCGUGAACAGAGACAAGAGACUCGGCAACGGGCAUGGAGAAUGGGAGCAGAGGGGGCGAGGUCGAGGUAGGGGGGAGGUCCACAGCAACAUCCUCUGCGUUGCCAGGCAAACCGCUUCAUCACCCGGUGGGCGUGUGUUGAAGCAGCACUCUUGGCCCCCACAGGCCACCGCAGAGGAGCCAGGGAGGGUCCAGAAGCAGCAGGAACGUUUGGCCAAAGAGGAGGAGGAGAGGAACGUAGCGUUGGUGGAGAUUCAGCUGAGAGACGAACACAGCUUCCCUGCACUCAGUGCGCCUGUGACCCACAAUGAAGGAGGGAAAAAGAAAGGUGGAGAGAAGAAAAGAUCCCAGCAAAGUGUUAAAACGAUGAGUCCUGUUGAAGAUCUCAAAGCACCAUCGCCCCAUGCUGGAGAACAGCCCAAAUCAGUCAGCCCACCACUAACAGCUCCUCCAAAAGCCCCACCCAGUGCCCCCUCCCUUCCUUCUGCACCUUGUGUAAACCGGACUCCAGACACUGGACUGAAUGUGGCUUCCACCGCUGCUGCUGACACUACUGUUGUUUCCAGCCUCCCUGCAGGUUUGGCUCCGCCCCCUAAACCGAACACACUGUCUUACGCCUCAGCUGCCGGCGGUGUUCCACAUUCACCUCCUCCUGCUGCUGCAGCCGCCACCGUCAAACCUCCUGUAACGGGCGGCGUCCCUUCGUCGCCGUCCUGCUUUGCUUUCGUCACCCCUGUGCUUCCGGCUGCAGGCUCCUCCUCCUCCCCUCCCAUCUCUUCUUCACCUAAACCUCCCACUGCCCCCUCCUCUGCCUUUCUUCUUCCCACAUCCUCCCCCUCUCUGGUGGUUUCACCUCCCACCUUCAUCGCUCCCAUCGCUCCGUCCCCUGUCGCUGCUCAGGGCUUCGUCCCUCUCCGUGUCUCCCCCCAACUCACCCCACUCACCCACUCACCCAGCCCACCUGUGUCCUCAGCCCUCAUCUCCUCCUCUUCCUCCUCUCUUAUCCGUCAUGCUUGUCAAGUUGAUGAGGCUCCACCACCUCCAGUGCACACCAAAAAUUGUUUGCCAAACCCUGGAGCAGUUCUCACCACAUCUCAGUCUGCCCAAAAGGAGGUUCCUCAGUCCCAGAACCAGAACCAGAUUUCAGGGUCACAGAUGCAGAACCAGAUUUCAGGGUCACAGAUGCAGAACCAGAACCAGAUUUCAGGGUCACAGAUGCAGAACCAGAUUUCAGGAUCACAGAUGCAGAACCAGAACCAGAUUUCAGGGUCACAGAUGCAGAACCAGAUUUCAGGGUCACAGAUGCAGAACCAGAUUUCAGGAUCACAGAUGCAGAACCAGAACCAGAUUUCAGGGUCACAGAUGCAGAACCAGAUUUCAGGGUCACAGAUGCAGAACCAGAUUUCAGUGCCCCAGAUGCAGAACCAGAUUUCGGUGCCCCAAAUGCAGAACCAAAGCCAGGCUGCUGUGCCCCACAGUCAGGUCUUUCUGCCUCAUGUCCAGGCCUCAGUGUCUCAUCAGGCCCAAUCUGAGCUAGUGUCUCUGCAGCAGAUCCAGGUCCAGCCCCUCUGCCCCCCCUCCAAACCCCAGUCUGAGCCAGUCCAGUCCUCUCAUCAGAGUCCAAUGCCUUCUUCCACCCCCCAGACCUCAGAUCAGCUCCAUCCUCACCCUCCUCACCCCUCUCAGGUCCCUCUUCCCUCCCAGUCCCUAUCCUCUGUUACCAUCCCCUCUCUCCCCACUCAGACCCCUACCACUGACACCCAAACAGAGGCUCCUCCCCUUCCAGUUCCCCCGGGGUCCCCAGCUCACCCAGUCGUCCCUCCCCCCUCUCACCCCCCUCAGUUCCAGCCUGUCCCUGGGACUGUCCCUCUGCAGCAGCUGUCCCAGCUCUACCUGGACCCCCUGUAUCCUGGCUUCCCCCAGAAGGACAAUGGCGAGCCGGCUCUUCCUCCUCCUUAUUCCACCAACAAGUCAGGAGACGACCUGCCACAAGAUGUCAGCAUCUUGAGAUUCUUCUUCAACCUGGGUGUCAAGGCCUACUCCAUGCCCAUGUUCUACCCCUAUGUUUACCUGUUCCCCCUUCAACAUGCCUACAAUGUGCAGCCCAAGCCCCCCUCCCGCUCCCCCUCUCCCACCCCCCUCUGCCAUCCUUCCGGUGCCCCCCCAGGGCAUCACGAGCCUUAUCCCUCUGUGUCGCGUCAGUUCGAUCGCAGCUCUCCACAAGCCCCCCCAGCUGAACCGGCCCCCCCCACAGAAGGAGCGUACACCCAGGGUGGAUACCCCCCCCUCUCUCAGCCCCCCUCAUGCACUCUGCCCUGCCCACCACCAUUAUGGCAUCAGCCUCACAUGCAAACGCACAGAAACCCCAGUUACCCUGUGGUGUACCCGAGCCCACAGCUGUUGUCAUACCCCACACCCCCACCUACAUCUCAGUGCUACCCCCCCAGUCUGACCCUGGGUCACCCUAUGCACCCCCCUGCUGUAGCGCAGUAUUCUUCAGUGGAGUUUCAGUCCUCAGCCGGCCCAGAGGUGCUCCAGGUGAACCAGGACCAGAACCUGCAGCCGGCCAACGGAGAAGCGGCACCUGGUCUCAGAUCAGCCCCAGGCCCUGGUCCUCAGGAGGGGGCGGCCUCUGCUAAUGUGGCCAAUGAGAACAGCGGGCGGCCAGCAGCGCUCCCUGGAGUUUCCGAUUUUGGUCACCCCCAGAAGGAGGAGGGAGACCGGUUGACCAGACCGAUGUUUGCAGUGGAUCCUUCACACAGCACACCUGUAGUCAUGGCUCCUGGCCCUCAGGUCCUUUAUAACUUCAUCUCCAAGUCGACGGUCCCUGACAACAACCCCUCCCACAGUUACAGGAGUCACCAUAAACCGGCCAAUCACAGCGCAGCGUUCCCUCCACUGGGAGGAGCUGAGGUUCUGUCGGUGAGCUGCAGUACCGAGGACGACUGGGACGAGCCCAACAGCUUCAGACAGCCGGCGUUGAACUACAGGGCGCAGAGGAAGAGCUACAGAGGUAGAGGAGGGAGGGGCGGCGGCAGCAGGAGGAGACACGCAGGAGAGGGCGGGCCCAGAUUUAACCACACCCAGUACAUCUACCGCCCCCGUCAGAGGACGUACUAUGAAGAAGGUCACCCUCAGAUGUGACUGCUGGUUCCUCGCUGCUCGGGUACCGCUCAUAAAUGCACUGCUGACUAAAACCCUCCAGACUUUCCCUCCUACAUCUGAUGGACUCCACUCUGUCCAUGGAACUGUGGAACUCUUGUGCCUUCUUCUCAUGACAACACUGUCAUUAUUCUGUUUGUAACUCAGUCUCAAAUGUGUCUGCUGUAUACUGGUAAGAACAUUCAGUUUGGUUCAUUUGCUUUUAGGUCCCUUUUACUGUGGAAUCUUCUCUGAGCACAUACACACAAACUGGACAGAAACAGUCCUGGAACAGUUAGUGAGUGUGGAUUUAAAGCUGCAGCAGACUUUGGUCCCCAGUGUUUCCUCACAUCUGUCCAUCCUCAGUUUUCCUCACAUCUGUCCAUCCUCAGUGUUUCCUCAGAUCUGUCCAUCCUCAGUGUUUCCUCAGAUCUGUCCAUCCUCAGUGUUUCCUCACAU